GAGAUUCGAGGAGAGAGAAAUCAAUCAGUUACACUCUCUCAAAGAAAAGGGCUCUCUCUCUCUCUUACACACACACAGAGUUUACGAUGGAUCAAUCAUUCUUGUUAAUGCUAUCAAAUCUUCUCCACCUCCAUAACCACCUAGACCCAACCACCACCCUCCUCUCCGACACCCCUUCCUCCACCUCCACCGCCCCAGCCUCCCUCCUAACCUCCACCUCCGCCGCCCCACUCCUCUUCUUCACAAUCGCCUCUGUGCUCUCCUACAUCGCCUCCACCCAACAACCCAAAACCACCACCAAAUCCCCAUCCAAAUCACCCUCCUCCUCCACCUCCCAAUUCUCCGUCUCCGCCUUUCGCGCUCUCUCCACCGAACACAUCUGGACCCUCGACGCUCCCGUUCGCGACGCCCAAUGGCGUUCCCUUUACGGCCUCUCUUACCCAGUCUUCACCACCGUCGUCGACAAGCUCAAACCCUAUAUCACCCAAUCCCAGCUCUCUCUCCCCUCCGAUUACGCUGUUGCGAUGGUCCUCUCUCGCCUUUGCCACGGCCUUUCUGCUAAAACCCUAGCCACCCGUUACUCCCUAGAACCGUACUUAAUUUCGAAAAUCACCAACAUGGUCACUCGGCUUUUGGCUACAAAACUCUACCCUGAAUUUAUCAAGAUUCCGGUGAGUCGCCGUCGCCUCCACGAGACCACCCAAGGCUUCGAACAACUCACCUCUUUGCCCAACAUUUGUGGUGCCAUUGGGAGCACACCCAUUAAGCUUCACCACCUCCCAAACGAUGUUGCUAACCCUUCAAUGUAUUACUGCCCUCAGGGCUUUCCUUCUAUUCUUCUUCAGGUCGUUGCAGAUCAUAAAAAGAUUUUCUGGGACGUUUGUGUGAAAUCCCCCGGUGGGUUUGAUUAUGGUACUCAUUUCAGGGAUAGUUUGUUGUAUAAUAGGUUGAUUUCCGGAGAUAUUGAGUGGGAUAAAGUUAUGAGUGUGAGGGGGCAACCUGUGAGGCCUUAUAUUGUUGGGGAUUGGCAUUACCCAUUGUUAUCAUUUUUGCUCACUCCGUUUUCUUGGAAUAGAGCGGGGAAUCCAGUACAGAAUGCGUAUGAUGAGGCGUUGAUAGAGGGGUGGAAAGUGGUGGAGGAAGCCAUUGGGUUGCUUAAGGGGAGGUGGAAGAUUCUUCAGGACUUGAAUGUUGGUCUUAAUCAUGUGCCUCAGACAAUAGUUGCGUGUUGUGUGUUGCAUAAUUUGUGUCAGAUUGCCAGGGAGCCAGAGCCGGAGCUGUGGAAGGAGCCAGAGGAAAGUAUCCGUCCACCGAGGGUGCUUGAGAAUGAGAAAUCAUCUUAUUAUUAUGGGGAAACCUUGAGGAAGGCGCUUGCUGAUGAUUUGUACCAAAGGCUGUCAUCAAGAUGAGAACUUUCCCAAGAAACAAAGGGAUUUUGGCUCUUCUGGUUUCUUGUAAGGAUAUAUUUCUCCUUGUAGUUCUAGCUUGUUUUAGUUGAUUGCUGACUUUUAUUCUUACAAAUAAACAUCACAAGUAGAUUUUGUGUAGUUAAAUUGUACCUGCAAUGAAUAUUACUUGUAGACUAUGAGCCAACCUAACGUGGUUUGUAAUUGACACUUUGGAUGGCAGAAAGGGGUUUGUCGACCCAUCUUUUGUCCAAAUGGUGUUUGUCACUUUAAUUUAUUUUAAUUGCUGCAUCGUUGUCCUAUCGUCUUUUGCGAACUAUUCAGAUUAAUGUUAGGUUCAUACUUGGAUGACAGUUCAGGUAUUUGAUUAGUCAGAGGAACGGGGUUAACAUGUUGGGGUGGAAUUGUGAUCAUA